AUGGCGGAGCUACCCGUCGCUGUGACCACUGCGAUUGACUUGGGAAGUCAGGGCAUCAAUGCUCAGGCUUUCAAGUUCAACAGUCUGACAAUGGAGUCAGACAAGUAUAUCAGCAUCAAGGAUACCGCCCCUGACGGCACGGCUCAGGUCGUGGUAGUGGACAUGCACAACAACAAUGCAGUCAACAAACGCCCAAUGAAGGCAGAGGCUACGUUGAUGAAUCCAGUGGACAACAUUAUCGCCCUGAAGGCUGCAACUGAGGGACAAGCUGGCCAUUUCGUGCAGAUCUUCAACCUCGACUCCAAGGAGAAGCUCGGAGUCUACCAGUGCCCAGAGCAGAUCGUUUUCUGGCGAUGGCUCGCCCCGCGACUGUUGGCCCUCAUCUGCGCGCAGGACGUUUACCACUGGAACCUGUCCGUGGCCAACAGCCAGCCUGAGAAGAUCUUUCAGCGCGCGGGCAAGCUUGCAGAAGCAGGCACGCAGAUCAUCAACUACUCUGCAAACAGCCAGGUCUCAUGGUGCUUGCUGACCGGGAUCUCGUCCCAGGACUCCGGCAGGACCAUCGAUGGCAACAUGCAGCUCUAUAGCGUGGAGAGGAAGCAGCAGCAGUUGCUGGAGGGACAUGCAGGUUGCUUUGGCAAUGUCUUCGUGGAUGACGGUGGUGUGCGAUGUGGCGUCUUUGCUUUCCAAGAGAGGAAGGCCGGAAAUCCACAGACAAAGCUGCACAUCAUGGACAUCCUGAAGAACAGGGGAGAGAGCGCCCCGCCGUUCAAGGUCCAGCAGGAGAUUGCCAUGCCUCCGGAGGCGCCCACCGACUUUGCUGUCGGCCUCCAUUUGAGCGAGAAGCAUGGUGUGGUCUUCAUGAUCACCAAGGCUGGCUUCCUGUUCAUGUUCGAUAUCGCCACCGGGACCAUGCUGGUGAGAUCUCGCGUUUCGCAGGAGACAGUUUUCAUCACAGUGGGCUCCGCGCUCUCUGGUGGCAUUAUCUUCGUGAACAAGCGGGGUGCCGUGAUGUCCGCGAAGGUCAACGAGACAGCUAUUGUGAACUACAUCAUGAACCAGCUGGUCCAAAUCCCCAACCGACAGGACAUCGCCUUCACCUUGGCCCGACGCUUCGGUCUGGCUGGUGCGGAUGAGUUGUUCCAGCGACAGUUCAACCAGUUGUUCGCAUCAGGCGACUACAAAGGCGCUGCCCUUAUCGCUGCCCAGUGCAAGAGUGGCCUUCUUCGUACUCCUCAGACCAUCCAGCAGUUCAAGAGCGUGCAGGCUCCACCUGGACAGUCUUCCCCAAUUCUGCACUACUUCUCCACCCUGCUGGAGCACAACAAGCUGAAUGGCCUGGAGUCUGUAGAGCUUGUUCGGCCCGUCGUGCAGCAAGGCCGAAAGGAGCUCAUUGAGAAAUGGCUCAAGGAAGACAAGCUGGAAUGCACGGAGGAGCUUGGUGACAUUGUGCGCCCUCUUGAAACGAAGUUUGCACUGUCCAUUUACCUCCGUGCGCACGUCCAUCAGAAGGUCAUCCAAUGCUUCGUGGAGCUUGGGCAGAUCGACCAGAUCGUGGCUUAUGUCAAGAGGGUUGGCUACCAGGCCGAUUACUCCCAGCUGCUGCAGAACAUGGUCGCCACCAACCCCGAGGGCGCUACCAACUUCGCCAAGAGUCUUUUGGAGGGACAGAACGGCGUGCCGCUGAUUGACAUCAACCAGGUUGUCAAGGUCUUCAUGGAUCAGAACCGUCUGCAGGAGACAACCUCCAUCAUGCUUGAUGCUCUCAAGGCAAACAAGCCGGAGCAGGGUCAGCUUCAGACGCAGCUGUUGGCCAUGAACUUGCAGCAGGCGCCCAAGGUCGCUGAGGCGAUCCUUCAGAUGAAUAUGUUCACGCACUACGACCGGGCCUACAUCGGCCAGCUCUGCGAGAAGGCUGGCCUUAUGCAGUGGGCCAUGGAGCAUUACACCGAUGGAGCUGACCUGAAGAGGGUAAUGAUGCACGCGCACCAGAUGACGCCAGAGUUCCUGAUCCAGUACUUCUCCCGGCUCUCCCCGGAGACAGCCUUGGAGUGCUUGACCGACCUGAUGCGCCACAACCGGCAAAACCUGCAGGUUGCUGUGAAGGUGGCCAUCCAGUAUCACGAGCAGAUUGGUGCCGUCAAGAUUGUAGAGAUGUUUGAGUCUUUCGGCUCCAACGAAGGCAUUUUCUACUUCCUCGGUGCGAUUUUGAACACCAGCACUGACCCCGAUGUUCACUUCAAGUACAUUCAGGCAGCGAGCCGCGUUGGCAACAUGCAGGAGGUCGAACGCGUUUGCCGCGAGUCCCAGGUCUAUGACCCUGCCACUGUCAAAAACUUCCUGAAGGAAGCCAAGUUGCCCGACCCGCGGCCUCUGAUCUACGUGUGUGACCUCCACGACUUUGUUGAGGAGCUGACAGACUACCUCUACAAGAACUCGCUGAUGAAGUACAUUGAGGUGUAUGUCGUCAAGGUGAACCCGCUCAAGUGCCCCCAGGUCAUCGGUUCCCUUAUCGACCUUGACUGCUCAGAGGACUUCAUCAAGACUCUGCUCCAGAACGUGCGAGCGGCAUGCCCUGCCGAGCCAUUGGUUGAGCAGAUUGAGAAGAGGAACCGGUUGCGGCUCUUGCUGCCCUGGCUCGAAGCACGGGUCGCUGAGGGCAACCAGGACCCUCACCUUCACAAUGCCAUGGCCAAGAUCCUCAUUGACACCAACCGGGAUCCGGAGAACUUCUUGAAGACGAAUGCCUUCUAUGACUCCAAGAUCGUAGGAAAGUACUGCGAGGAUCGAGACCCACACCUGGCUUACACUGCCUACAAGAGGGCCUGGGGCUCCUGCGAUGAGCAACUCGUCGACGUCACGAACCGCAACGGACUCUUCCGUCUGCAAGCUCGGUAUCUGGUGGAGCGCCAGAGCCCGGACCUCUGGGGCCUGGUCCUGAAUCCGGAGAACCAGUAUCGCCGCAACGUGAUCGACCAAGUCGUUAGCACUGCGCUUCCUGAGUCAACCAACGCGGACGAGGUAGGGGUCGCAGUUGGGACACAGGUUUUGUAG